AAAAAACUGGCUGACUUGAGUGUGGAUGAGUUUUUAACUUCAGGAUUUGAUUCUGACUUGGAAGAUGAUUUGAUAGAAGAUAUUCCAAAUUCUGGGGAAGAUGAGAAAGGAAAGUUACCUUCAAAACUUGACAGCAAAAAGAAAGCAGGAUGUAGUUUGAUACCAGGGGAAAGGAAAGUAAAGAAAGGUAAUGCUUCAGUACAUAAAGACCAGCUCUCUCGACUAAAGGAACGAGAUCCUGAAUUUUACAAGUUCCUGGAAGAAAACGACAAGACUUUGCUUAAUUUUGAUGAAUCUGACAGCUCUGAUGAAGAGGAAGAUCAUCACGUGUUGCCUGAAAAAUUAGAGGAAGCAACUGAUGAAGAAGAUGAUGAAGAUGAUGAUGAUGAAGAAGAAAAAACAGCUAAACGGAAAAAAAUGGAUUUCAUCACCGUGUCAUUGAAAAUGGUGGAACACUGGAAGGAAGCUGCAGAGAAGAAACUCACUCCUAGGGUCUUCCAUGAAAUUACUCAAGCUUUCAAAGCCUGCGUGGUCACUGCCAAGGGGGAAUCGGCAGGGCCGGAUUCCGGCAAGUUCAAAGUCACGGACAGCACAGUCUUCAACACGAUUGUCUCCUUCUGUGUCCGCGACCUCUUCAUUCUUGUGCAAAAACUGCUUCAGGUGAAGCCUGCAAAAAAUAAAUCAAAAUUAGUCUUGCCUUCCUCCAGUCCAUUGUGGAGCAAGUUACGAUUGGACAUCAAAAUGCACUUGGGCUGUACCAUUCAGCUUCUGUCGUGUUUAACCCGGACCUCAGUAACAAUAGCUGUUCUUCAGCACAUCAGUGCCAUUGUGCCUUAUUAUUUAAGCUUCCCCAAACAGUCUCGCAUGCUACUUAAGCAAAUUAUUCGACUCUGGAGCACCGGAGAUGAAGUUGUAAGAGUUCUAGCUUUUUUGAUAAUCAACAAAAUCUGCCGGUAUAAACAGGACGCUUAUUUACCUUCUGUUCUAAAGCAAAUGUACAUUUCCUAUGUCAAGAAUUCGAGAUUCACCUCUCCUAAUGUCCUCCCGCUCAUCAACUUCAUGCAACGGACGCUGAUCGAGAUGUACACUCUGGACCCCGCUGUGUCUUACCAGCAGGCCUUCAUAUACAUCCGUCAGCUGGCCAUCCACCUGCGUGGGGCUAUGACCAUCAAGAAGAAGGAAAACUAUCAGUCCGUUUAUAACUGGCAAUACGUGCAUUGCUUAUACUUUUGGUGCCGGGCUUUGAGUACAAUGCAUCCGAAUGAUGUCAUGAAACCCCUGAUUUACCCGUUGACCCAAGUCAUCAUUGGCUGCAUUAAGCUGGUACCAACAGCUCGUUUCUACCCUCUGCGUAUGCACUGCGUCCGGGCGCUGACGCUGCUGUCGGAAAGCACACAGACCUUCAUCCCUGUCCUGCCCUUCAUUCUGGAGAUUUUCCAACAGGUAGAUUUCAACAAGAAACCGGGGCGAAUGAGCGCCAAGCCAAUAAACUUUGCCGUCAUCUUGAAGCUGUCCAACGCCAACCUGCAGGAGAAAGCUUUCCGGGACGGCCUCCUCGAACAGCUGUAUGAUCUGACUUUAGAAUAUCUCCACAGCCAGGCCUACACGAUUGGUUUCCCAGAACUGGCUUUGCCUGCCAUCCUUCAGCUGAAGUCCUUUCUGAAGGAUUGCAAAAUCGCCAACUAUUGCAAAACCAUCCGCCAGCUCUUGGAAAAACUGCAGGAGAACUCCGCCUUCAUCACGGCCAAGCGCCAGAGAGCUUCCUUCGGCGUCUCCGAUCGAGAGGCAGUGGAGCGAUGGGAAAAAACUAUCAAAGCAGAAGGAACUCCACUAAGGACGUACUACGUGACUUGGAAGAAGCUGAGAGAGAAGGAAAUUCAGCUUGAAAUUACUGGCAAAGAACGGCUGGAAGACCUGAACUUCCCCGAAAUUAAACGUAAGAAGCCGAACGAAAAGAAAGAGGAGGACAAGAGGGAAUUUAAGGACCUCUUCGAAACGGAGAGCAGUUCCGAAGAAGAGACCUCAGGUGUCUUCUCCCGUAAAGAGAAAGGCAAGAAGAGGGCUGCAGACCGUGUUUCCAUGAGCAGCAGUGAGGAAGAGGAGGAGGAGGAGGAGGAGGAGGAGGAGGAAGGAGAAUAUGAAGUGGACGAUGAGGAAGAGGAAGGAGAUGAAGACAACCUGAGCGACUCAGAUGGAGGCGAGAGGGCCGUGCCCCAACGGAGUCACCACCGUCGGAAACCGCUGUCUCGGGCAGAGUUGCAACAGCUGGCAAAAGGAGAAGAGGACGUGGUGGAAGACUUGGAUUUUUCCGAUGGAGACUGAUGGAUGGACAGAUUUUUUUUUUGGGGGGGGGUGUAACUGGACAGCUGUUGCCACUUGUGGAGGGCCGAGGAAGGGGCUGCAUUGUUCCAGCUGGCCCUGAAGCCGAGUUGAUGCACUGAAGGGAAAUGCCAGAAAAUUUUGUCAUCCAGCAGGGAAGUCUAAAAAGACCACAAUGGCUGCAAAAAAAAACCUGCCUCUUUAGAAUAAUAAUAAUGUGGGUUCUGAAAACCAUCUCAAAAUAAUACCUACUUUAAAAAUUAAAAAGAAACAGGCCAGCCUUCAAUGCUGCCCCUUCCUCUUCUGGAGGCCAAUCCCACCCACCCAGCGCUGGAGACGCAGAGAUGGAAGACCAACCUGCCACCACAUUUUGUGGCUUGGCUCUUUUCCUGCCAAGUGACAGUAUUUACAAAUUUUUGGGAAUCAAACAACAGCAGGAAGAGUUGGACUGGCAGCACAUUGCAUGCUUUGAAUCCCCCACUGCCCCCAAUUCCUCUUAUUUUUAUCUCUGUAUGGGAAGGGAUCGUGUGUGUCGGUUCUUGGCUUGUAAAAACAGCCUCUUGUGCAUUUCUUUCGGAGGCCUGGAUCACUCUGCACCGAAACCGCAGCGGGCAAAACGGCCAGAUCCCAAUGGAGAAACGUUUUUCCCUGCGGCUUUUACUGCAUUGUGACCCACGCACGCCUUUCUUCGCUGCCUGUGUGGUGCCCACCAGGAACUGAGACCCCCCAACACACACACACUUGUUGCUUGAGGUCACCGGACAGAUCAGGUCUAGAAUAAGGAAUUAUAGCAAGUCUUAUUGUUGAUUGUGAGUGGAUCCCCAAUGUAGACAGGAACUCUCUGUAAUUUGCAAGUUAGGGGAAGGGAGUCUUAAGUCUUCAGCUUGGCUAAAGAACCACGUUUGGUGGUUUAUGGAGAUAUGCUUGAGGCCCAAGAGCCCUUAAGUGGUAAAUUUGGUUGCCAUACAUUUGAAAUGAUGGUGGUUCAGCUAGCUUUAAGCUGUGAAUGGUAGGGUCAAGGAAUCAUGGCCUUUGCCUUGGGUAAGGACCAAGAGUGUUUAUCUGGUAGGAUUGUGUAGACCAAGGGUCCCCAAACUUGGCAACUUUUAGACUUGUGGACUUAACUCCCAGAAUUCUGAGAGUUGGAAGUCCAAAGUCUUAAAGUUGCCAAGUUUGGAGACCUCUUGUGUAGACCAAGUUCAGAUGUUGAGAUGUCAGAAGAAAUUACAUCAGGUUUCUCAACCUUAACAACUUGAAGAUGUGUGGAGUUCAAAUCCCAAAAUCCCCAGUUCGUUUGGGGAAUUCUGGGUUUUGAAAUCCACACAUCUUGCUAAGGGGUGAGAAAUCCCGAUCUAAGAGGGUCAUGUAUACCCACCAAGUCUUGAAUUCUUUCUUUCAGAAAGCCAAUUGGCCUUUAGAAGGGUGAACUUCAACUCUCAGAAUUAGGGGAAUUGGAGUCCUCCAGAGUGGAAGGCACUAAAUGUCUCCCACUCAACUCCCAGAAUUCUGCAGGAGGAGUUAAGAGUUAUGGGAGCUGUAGUCCAUCCAUUGAAAGGUGCAACUUUCAAAGGGAGGGUUUUUAGCUCCCAGAAUCCUUAGCAAUGGUGGCUAGAGAAGCUUAAGAUGUCCCCUUUUCCCCCAUGACACCAGAUGACUGCAAUUCAAUUUCCAUCUUUCUCCAUCCCACGGCUUGGAGACUUCUGGAAGCUGAAGUGCACCAUUCUUUGGAGACAGAGAGCUCCAUGCCUUCACUUGGUGGUGGCCCCCAAUUCUUCUGAAUGCUGUGUUCAGAAAUCUGGGACUUGGCAAUAGAGGCAGUGGGCCUCCAACUCUGAAUUCUAUUAGGAAUUCUGAGGUUUGGAAUCCAAUCCAGAAGGCAGGUCCAUGUCCUGUAGAUGGUAGGUCUCCAAUUCUUCUGGAUUAUAUGUUCCCCACAGAAGGCAUAACCCUCCCUCAAUAGGAUGCCCUAUAUAGUAGGGUAGUUUGGAAAACCCUAGAAAUUGAGCCCCCCUCCUGUCUCCCAAGCACCAUAUUGGCUGCCAUUCAAUCUCUGGUGUUCUCCAGCAUAUGGACUGGAGAAUUCUGGGAAUUGAAGAUGGAAGACCCAUGUUCUCAAGGUGGGUUUGGUGUUAAAAUUAUCAGUCUAAAAAGUCUGAGAAUUGAAGAUCCACCACACCAAGCAUUCUGCUCCUGAAUGGGAGAACUUCAAUUCCCAGAGUUCAGCAACAGGGUUGUAGCAUUAAGGCAAUCAAGGUUACCCCCCCCCCCCCAAAUCCAGAUGGAAAGUCAACAGAUGCGCUCCAGACUUCUCCAGCUUAUUUUCUAUAUUCUGGGAACUUAAAUCCAAGUUUUUUGUUUGAGCUUAAGCCCCCAGGAUGCUUAGCAAAGUCAUUGGAGAAUUGUGGGAAAUGGAGUCCAUCCAUUUGGGGGUCUUGGGUGAUCUGGGGAUGUCUUUUUUCUCCCAGAGCUUAGGGGGCUGAGAUCCACAUAACUCGGAUGCACAGAAUUGGGGCUUCCCAGGAUUCAGAGGGCUAAGGCUACAGAAUUCUGGGAAUUGAGGUUUCUUGACUUAAUCUUCCCCCUUCCCCAA